UUGGCUAAUGUUCUAUAGGAAAGUUGCCUGUAAUGGCAGACGUCGUCGAAAAGCGUAAGAGAAAGGCCGUGGAACUGUAAAAGUAUUGGUAUGCUUCUUGCUAGUUGCGCGAAUCAGUCUUUAUUUUUGCUAAAAGUUAUAUUAAAACUCGAGACAGUUUGGGUAUUGUUUCGUGACGGGUAUUCCAAUCACAUACGUAUUGAAAGUGGUAAUAGCCUGACAACUCCAUUUCAGAAAUAUUAUUUGUUUUCCUUUUUCUGCAACAUUUUUAAGUCACUACUCCAUAUCAUCUGUGUUCAUGAUUGAAGGAUGGAAAUGUUUUAACUGCAAAGACCUAGGAGAAAGAAAAGUCAUGAGUCAAAAUAGUUGUAGACUUGAGAAUAAAAGAAUUGUUGCAAUUUUUUUUUCUGCUAUACAUUUUCAGCUGGAGUCUGAAAUUGUUUGCUUUAAUAUUUUUUAAUGAACUUGGAACAUCUUUUUUAAUUUUGACAAGAAAUUUGGAUUGCAAACAUGGGAAAAGAACAAGAACUGCUUCAGGCAGUAAAACUGGGAGACUAUGCAGCUGUGCAGAAGCUCUUAGCUAAGAUGAAAGCCAACCGAAGCAAGUUGCUGGGCUCUGGAAAGAGACUGAAUAUCAACUACCAGGACUUUGAUGGAUUUUCAGCUCUUCACUUUGCAGCACUUACUGGAACUACUGACCUUAUUUCUUUGCUACUAGAAGCAAAAGCCACUGUUGAUAUCAAAGACAGCAAUGGGAUACGGCCUUUACAUUAUGCAAGUUGGCAAGGAAUGGCAGACAAAGUGCUUAUGCUACUGCGAGCAGGUGCCUCUGUCAACAUGGCCUCCCAAGAUGGACAGAUUCCUUUGCACCUUGCUGCACAGUAUGGCCAUUAUGAAGUGUCUGAGAUGCUUUUGCAGCAUCAGUCCAACCCAUGUAUCUUGAAUAAAGUACAAAAGACACCUUUGGAUCUGGCGUGUGAGUUUGGAAGAUUAAAGGUGGCCCAGUUGCUGUUGAAUAGUAACAUGUGUGCUGCUCUCUUAGAGGGUGGUGAGAACAAGGAUGGACUAGAAACAGCCUGCAACACUCCUCUUCAUCUUGCCGCCCGAAAUGGGCAUAAGGAAAUCAUUCAGAUAUUGUUGAAAGCUGGAAUCAGUAUCAAUCGAACAACCAGGGCUGGAACUGCAUUACAUGAAGCUGCCCUGUAUGGAAAGAAAGAGGUGGUUCGACUUCUUCUUGAUUCAGGAAUUGAUGUUAAUCUCCGAAAUACUUACGGUCAGACUGCACUGGACAUUGUGAACCAGUUUACAACUUCACAUGCUAGCAAGGAGAUCAAGCAGUUGCUCAGAGAAGCAUCUGGUAUUUUAAAAGUUCGAGCACUGAAGGACCAAUGGAACAUGCAUGAUCCCACAGCACUGAACAUUAGAGCUGGUGACAUCAUUAUGGUUCUGGAACAACAUAGUGAUGGCCGCUGGAAAGGACACAUCCAUGAUAACCACAGAGGAACUGACCAAGUGGGCUACUUCUCUCCUGCCAUUGUUGAGGUUAUCAGCAGAAGAGCAGGUGGAACCCUUCCUCGCCACUCCUCCCUUUUGAAUCAUAAGCAACAGUCCCUUUCCAAAACUCCUUAUUGUGCUCAGACCAAUCCCCUUAUGGAUCACUCCUGUCAGCUCUAUCAAAAUUCUUUCAGACGGGUUCUUGGACUUGGAGACAGUGCAGCUGGUGACAGGAACAGUGUUGGUAGUACUGGCAGUGCUGGUAGCUCCCGGAGUGCUGGCAGUGGACAGAGCUACGACAGCAGCAUCGGACAAUCAAUGGCAGACAGUUCCAAAAAAAUGGUAGCUGUUAGUGCUGAACAGGGGCUCUGUUUUAUAACUUCUGAGACAUCUAAGCAGCAGGAGGUAACAGAUACGUCAGAGCAGAAAAACAUGUCCACUUGCAAAUCAAGAGACCAAAUUUAUCCUUACCUGUUCAAAGAACACCAGCAGUUGCUUGAAGGGAAGGAUGCUGAAGCCAUUUACCAAUGGCUUAGUGGCUUUCAGUUGCAACAAUACACAUCCAGCUUCAUUAAUGCAGGAUAUGAUGUCCCAACCAUUAGCAGGAUGACCCCAGAGGACUUAACAGCCAUUGGAGUUACUAAACCCGGACAUCGUAAGAAGAUUUCAAUAGAAAUCGGAAAAUUAAAUAUCCCAGAAUGGCUACCUGACUACAUUCCGGCUGACCUGGUAGAAUGGUUAAGUGCAAUUGGUUUGUCACAGUAUCACAAAACAUUUUGUGAAAAUGGGUAUGAUUCCAUUAACAUCAUCCGUGACGUAACAUGGGAAGACUUACAAGAAAUAGGAAUUGUCAAACUUGGGUAUCAAAAGAAAAUUAUGCUUGCUGUAAAGAAGUUGAAUGAUAUCCAAAAAAUUAUGAACCAGAGAGAACUGGAGAAUAAAGCUUUGAUGCACAAAAUUCCAGGCGAGCUGGCAACUGUGACCAUUGAAACAGAGAAUGGAGGAGAGUGUUAUUCUUCCCAAACUGCUAAAAUGACAACAUUUCAAGACAUUGAACUUAGUCCAGAACUUCAGAGCACCAUCUCUAGUAAAUAUAACAACCAUCAGGAUGGUUUAACAGUCAAGAGUCUGCUUUCUUUCUCCAGCAGCCAAGAAAGCAUUGGAGGGCGUUCAAGAGGUUCAGGACACUCACAGGAGAUCAUAGUGGCACAAGCAUCCCUACCUAAAGAACCCAGAAAAAGUUUAGAUCAUGCUGAGUGUUACAUUGAGCAUCCUAGGCCAGGAAACAGUGAUGAAGAUUACAGAAGGGGCGGGUAUGUUGGUGUUGAUGUUGAUGGAAUUAAUGGAGGAUUUGUAGACUGCCUUAUGGAUGAAAGAAACAUUCCUGAAGGACAAGACCAAUUCCAGUGUUGUGCACAAACUAAAACAAUUAAUUCAGACUUCCACUCAUAUCAAAAUGACUCCAAUGCUACCAUAGAAGUAAUUAAACUAAUUUGUAAACCCCAACAUAUUCCAGACAUUGCUAAACCUCAGACCCCCAUAUACCCAGAAAAUUCAACCGCUACUAAUAGUAUCACUUUGUCAACAGUGCCAGUAGGCACAUACAAGCCAGUUUUACAACAGAUCGUCACAACCAUGCCAGAGAAAUAUUCUACACAAAAAGAAUCUAGGCAUCUCUGUUCAGAAUUGGAGAUCACAAAGAAAGACCAAGAUAUUUUUGUCAAGAAUGUACCAAGUGCUGUAUCACUUCUUUCUAGCCAAGUGCCCAGUAAAAAUGGAGAAUUCAGGACAAAAAAGCGCUCCCAAAGUCUUACUCGAUGUGCCAUGUCUGAUGAGGACCCAGAAGAAGAUGGAAGAUCACUGGAAUCUUAUGGUAGUCUUACCAGGCGCCCAGUUCGCAGGCAGCUGACAAGUACGCAGUGUGCAACUGAACAUAAUGUGACUCGCAGCCAAUCUUUUGCUGUUCGAGCCCGCAAAAAGGGUCCGCCCCCUCCACCUCCUAAGAGACUCAGCUCAGUAACUAGUUUGCAAUCCUCUAAUUUCAAAAUUAAUUUAGAUGCAGGUAUAAAUGAACUUUUGGAGCCUCAAGGAGUUUUCUCGAACAUUACAGAUCCAAAUAGUGUUCGAGGCAUAGCCACAAUGUCGGAAGUGUCAUGUGAAAGCCCAGCUAAGCUACAGACUCAUAAUGAAGUGUUCCCUUUAGAAAAACAAAAAGAAACAUUCACUAAAAUAGUUAAUGAAGACUGCUCAACAAUAGAAAAUCUUGCACCUGUAGAAAAAUCUGUUGGAUACCAUAUUCUGAAAGAUUGGUCCGAAAGACUUGAACAGAUGGUAUUCAGUGAGCCUAAAACUUGUGUAUCUAACAGUAUGGAUCUAGGGAGAGAUGAGGUUACACUAGUUACUGAUGAUGAAUGUAAGACUAAUACUAAAGGGUGCCUUGAAAGCUCGUCAUCCUCUCAAAGCAGCUCCAGUGAAUGCAUUCCCUUUGCUGAAGAAGGAAAUCUAACUAUCAAACAAAGACCCAGGAUACAUAAUCUUCUCACUGAGUCUUCCAGAGAAGUUGUCUCUAACAUUUCCCUGUCAGAAGAAGGGAUAAAUGCAAAACAUCUAGAAAUACCACAGUUUAAUCUUACUGAAUCCGAUACUGUUAAACGUAGACCCAAGCCAAGAGACGACAAGCAACAAAAUACAAAAGAAGAAAAUCCCUUAAUCUCAUUUAUAGACGUAGACUUCAGCAGAACUGCAAAUGUGAGACAGAUAAAUGAAAACUUGAAUCCUUUAGAGCAGACCUCUGGUUCUGUCCACGUUCAGCAAAGAUUGGAACAGACUGCAACAUCUCUUGAAGCAGCUCUUCAGGCUGUUGAAAGAAAGCUUAAUUUUCAGAGUACAACAUACAGUGGAUCCGACACAAUAAAAUCCACAAGAAACAUCCUUGAUGACAUAGGUAAUAUGUUUGAUGAUCUUGCAGACCAGCUGGAUGCCAUGUUGGAAUGACCAGAACUACGAACUGGGAAGCCACAGUUGAAUUGUUUUAUUCAAAAGGAGCAGACAUUUGAAAAUCUAAGGUUUCAAACAAACAGAUAUGAUUUUCAUUUGAAAAAAUUGGACAUUAAAAAAAUCUCAGUGAUCAUCCACCUAGUUUUAGCAGUUGUACAUUUAAAAAAAUCAGAAAAUUUCAAAGUAAAAAAAAGCCUACACUAUUGGUCUUUUGUGAAUAACAUAUUAUUUUGCACCUUACUAGUAUUUAGAAAGUUCAAUGUAUUGUACAUUGCUUAAGUCAUUUUAUUAUUUCACAUCUUAUUGUUUACCAUAAUCUGAGUUUUAUGAUGUGACAUAUAUUUCAUUUAAGACACUGGGAAGAACUGGGGCACACUUUCUAUUGUCCAAAAAUAAGGAAUAUGGCUUACAUGGUUGAGAUUUGUUCUGAAAAUCUGAAGAUUAUAACUUCUAAUUUAUUCCUUAGCCAUUAUUUCAUAAAAUUCAAAUACAUUGUUUUGUGUCUGUGUUGAUAAAUUUAAUGGACUGCUGUUACCAUUGACUUCAACAGUAUUCAUUCUUAUAGGUGUGGGUGAGCACCUACUAAUGCCCCAGUUGUCUAGCCACUAAGCCUCUCCAAUCAUUUAAAUUCUGAAAGAGCAAGUACUGACCUAGAUACAUGCCAGUACAGCCCCACUUAGUGGCUGUGGGUGAAUGUGGAUGUGUGUGCUUAGGUCAGCCCUAUGAUAGACUUACACACCACCCAGGAUGAUUUUUGCCUUGUGGCUUGUAAUGUUGGAAUUUACUGCCGCCCAGUGAGACCAUGAAUUUGCAGUACCAGCAUAUGAAACUCCACACCCAGAUAAGUUGUGUUGAACAUGAUUUUCAGUUAAAUUCAAACAAUUUUAUACAGCAAUGAAUUGUGGAAGUUCUUUUCAGCAGCCUUUAUUUCAUCUACUGUUAAAUUUUUGUUUUUGUCACUUUUUCACUGUGCAUAAUGACA